CAUGGCCCCAGGUCCAAAAAUAUACAGCUUUUUGAAGCGCAGUCUCGCCUUCACCGGGACCUCAAUUGGGACACCUGAGAUUACAUCUCUCCUCCACCCCGACUUUCAUCGAUUCAGAUCCUCAAUGUCCUCUUUCUUCGAGAAUGCCAGUAACGUCACGAUAAAGGGUACUUCGUUCAGCGUCGUGAACGGCGGAAUGCAAGUGUUCGACAACAGCAGGCAUAGCGCGAACGUCAACUCUUUCAAUACAACUAACGACACAACAGUGGACUCAUAUAAUGACAACUCUCGACGUUAUGGUGGAACCAGUCGCCCUGCGUCGCCGCGCCCACCACCUUCGCCUUACGAUCGCCCACGAUCCGCGGGAGCAAGCUAUGGACGGCCUCGUCACUUGACUCCUGAUUAUAACGGAGAUCCGAACCAGCGCGGUGAUAGAGGCGAUGUGGGCGCUCAUGAGUAUCCGACAAAUUGGGGGCUUCCACCUCCCCAACCUAGCCCAUGGAUGUAUGGACAGCCAUACCCAUACCAGUAUCCUGGUCCUCCACCGCAACAUCUGUACCCAUAUCAUCAAUACGGAUAUCCACCACCUGGGGCGUUUCAACCAUCCCCGAACCCAGACUACGCGCGGUCUCCCCAGGAGAAUGACCGCCGAAUGUUCGGUGAUGUCGCGAAUGAUAUGGAUAAAGAUAGAAGAGAUGGAGGCGAAGAGGCGAAAAAGACGAAGAAAAAGAAAGACAAAAGCAGUCGCGAGCAUCGAAGGGAGGGAAAUUCGGUCCAACCGGCUCCAGAUACCAGUAACGAAGUCAUCACACAGGACAUGUCGAAGAUGUCAUUGGUCGACGAAUCUCGCCCUGAAUUCUCGCGUGUUAAGUCCGAUCCUCAAAAUCCGAUUGUAGUGGAACCUGCUGGUGACGGUCUAACUACGUCUCAUGUGGCGAGUCCCUCCAAGUCGGCGGUCGUGUCCAGAGAGGCUCCUGCAGGCUCUCCCAGCCCCGCAAGCUUUUCUAACACGACAGAAAAGCCACAGAUUUCGCGAACGUCGAAGCUACUCCAACUUGGCAAGGAAGGUGGAAAUCUGCUUCUCACAUUGGUCCAAGAGGCAGCCCAGUUCGCGCCAAUCCCAUACCUUCAACUAGCAGCUGACACAACACUCAAGAUUGUGAACACGGUGCAGGCCGUGAAAGGUAAUCAAGCCGAUUUCAAGCAAUUGGCACAGGACUCGACGGAGCUCAUCGCCGUGGUGUGGAGAUCGUACCAAAAGGCUUCUGAUCCAGAGGCUUGGGCGAAGGAGAAACUCGAAAUGGUGGAGAGCUUCGUAAGAACCCUACACAUGAUACUGGCAUUCGUCGAAGAUCAGGUGGACAGGAACGUUGCCGUCCGCGUUAUAUUCAGCGUAGCCGACGCAGGGAAAAUUAAAGCACUUCGCGAACGAUUGCAUACCGCCGUGGAGAAAUUUGAGGUGUCGUCACAUCUCAGCAUCCAGGAUAUGCUACAAGAGGUCCUGAACGGUCAGAAAGAGAUCGUUUCUCGACUUGAGAAGCAGGAAAGGUAUUUCGUAACCACCUCUGGUCAAGGAUUCGGUGAAAUAGCAUA